AUCUGAUUGGUCCUGUUUGUUCUGUAUAUAGUGAUGUAGUCUACCACAUAGAACUCACCUCUCUGUUUUACACCAUAGGAUCAGGUUUGUGGUAUUUACAACAUGAGACCCAGGAGGACAAGCUGAAGAGGGAGGCAUCAGCUGGUGAGCUUGAGUUGAAGAUGGAUAAAGAAUUAAAAGAGAUAUUAAGACAGGAGAUGAUGAAACAACUAGAGGAGAAAGACACACAACUGGAUGAUAUGACCAAGGAAGUGAGAGAGAAAGAGAGACUCCUGGAGGAGAAGAACCAGAUAAUGGGACAGAGGGAGAAACUAUUAGAAGAGAAAGAAAACCAACUGGAAGAGAAAGACACACAACUAAAGGAUAGAGACAUUCAACUAGAGGCACUGAGAAAGAACCUGCAGGACAAGAACAGCCAAGUAGAGAACUUCAGAAUCCUACUGCAGGAAAAAGACCUUCAACUAGAGGACAGCAACCACAGACUGGGAGAGAAGGACAGACUACUGGAAGAGAAGGACAGACUACUGGAAGAGAGAGACAAACUACUGGAAGAGAGAGACAGACUACUGGAAGAGAGAGACAAACAACUGGAAGGAAAAGCAAAUGAACUAAAAGAGAGGCAGGAAGUAGAAGAGAAAGACAACCUACUAGAGGAGAGAGAGAAGCAGUUAAAGGAAAGAGACAAACAGGUGGAGGAUGUCAACAAUGAAAAUGCUGAACUGGCUCAACAGAUAUGUGAUGUGAAGACUGAGGUAGAGAGACUGAGAAGAGAGAUCUCAGCCCAGAUGACUGAACCUGGAGAGACGUCAGAUACAGGUUCCAUACUCCCAGUCAGGAGGAGAGACAGCAUGGAGGAUCCUCCAUCCA